CAACGAGCUACCGAGGUGUAUUUUAAACCACCAGCUGCCACCACCAACUUCCGCCGCCCGAUAGAGCAUACACUUUCUUGGAUGGUAUCUGGCACUUUAAAAUAGAUGACGAUCCAUUUCGCGCUACUCAGCCGUCAUGUACUCUUUCAACUGUCAAGUCUGCGGCGUCGACAUGGCCACCGCCCGCAUCCGCACACCAGAUGAGCCGCCCAGCGCAGCUUGGAACUUUGAGGGCGCCGAUUACGUCGGCUUCUGUGAAUGGCCCUAUCAAGAUGAAUUCAAGGACAAAGAUUGUCAGCAAUGCACAACUGUUGAUCGGGGUCCAGCUAGGCCUCCAGAAGUUGAUGCUUGGCCAGACCAGGACGACGACGAUGACCCAGAUUGGACGCCAGAUGCACAGAGUCUCAGCGAUAAAGAGCCCCUGGAGUAUGACUCAAGCUGGGAAACUGAAAGCGCUGAGUCGAGUCUUGAAGACUCGGCUAUGCCUGGCCGUGAGAUUGGAGGCGGCGAAGAGAGCCACUACUCAAAUGAAACACCCGACCAGUUCUCUCUUACGGACCUCUAUGCUUCCCCAUUUCCUGAUCGUCUGCCACACGGCACAUGGCACAACGGCCUCGCAUAUUAUUCCAGUAAUAGGAAAUACCCACAAAAGUGGUCUUUACAAAGCCUUCGUCAUUCAAACGUGCUCCCAGAGCACAUCGCCUCACCCUCAUGCCAAAGUCUUCAAGGCAUCAACGGCCAUGUCCUCAGCGUUGCACAAAUGAAGAACUGUCGGAAUGUUCGAUUCCUCGUCCCCAAGUCUUCAAGCUGGAAAACUGAUACAAGCGAUCAACUUCUCGAAGGAAUCAGUGAUAAUCUGUUCUAUGUAUCUGGGGAGUCAAGCGGCUCAAAUAUGAUUGAGAGCAGACAUUUCAGAGCAUGGCACUCGUUUUACCCACCACGACAUGGCUUGAAGGAGAUAAAUACCAGCUGGGUGUUUAUUGACGAGGGCUGCAUUGAGCUCGAUGACUCACUGAUCCCACUACCAGUGCACUCGUACUGUUUGGAUGUAUAUGCCAAGAGCUCAUUCCGUCGCCUGGGAUACGUUGACCUGAAUGGGCUUUGGCACUGGCGCGAGAUGCGAAAUAUGCCGGCUUUGUAUGGCCUUGAAAAUCGUAUUCCAGAACCGAAAAGAAAACAGAUACAUUCACCAGAGCUGCAUCGAGCUCGUGAGCAGUGGGAUUAUCCUUGGCUCCAUAUACCUGGUGACGAAUGGGUUGUUGCUAACCCUGUUGAGGUCCCCGGUAUAUCUCUAGUUUUGGAGUCAUGCGUGAAAGAUCUAUACAUCAAGGAAUAUACGCAGCAGAAGACAGGAAUCUUGACCCUGCCUGCUGAGAUUGUUCAACAUACUCUGUCGUUCCUUGACGUGUUCGACGUCGACAGCGCCGCCAAGACUUGCAGGGCGAUGUUCAAACUUACGCAGUCAACAUUCCGGGAAUGUGUACUAAGAGAUAUGCCUUGGCUAUGGGAGGUUCUUGAAAAUAACGAAUAUCCCGCGUCCCGUGACUGUCUACCAACGUGGGAUCCUCUUUGUCCUCUCAGUAUACCACCACCUCCACUCCCCGUCGGCUUAGAAACAGAAGAAGAGGAAGAGUCGCGAUGGACACAAAUUCUCUUUGAGGAUCCUGAGAUGGACGAAGUCCACAAUACGACCAAGACUGUCAAUCGUCAGCGCCGGCAGGAUAUCAUCGUACCUUAUCAUGAGAAGCUGAAGGCUCUACUCGAGGACUGGCGCAGCUUUCGUGGGAGCGUUGAAAGUUGGAUACUGGGUAAAAAUGAGCAGCGCGAUAUGAAUUGGAGGCGAGUGUGGUUUCUGUUCAACCCUGCCACAAGCCGGUUGCCAGGCAUACGUAACAGGGCGAGGAUCUGGGAGGAUUGCGAGAGUAUCUUGGACUUUGUUGCUUUGGCUUGUGAGGGAGAGGAUAUGGAAGAAAGGCACAAAGAGUUGAGAGCUAAGAUAUCAGAGCUGAUUGACGAGAACUCAUAUGGGAUGCCCGAUACAGAACCGGAUGUCCCUAGUUGGCUGCAAACUUAUUAACAGCUUUGUUUAGAUUUCAGUUACGCCCAGUUCAAAAAGAGACAAUAAAAUACUUAGG